AUGUCGACAUCAAAUCUCGGCUCGCGCGCGCUGUCAAACUCGUCUCUAAGCUCGCUUCCCAGCAUGGGGGGCGUGUCUAACCGGCGAACGUCUGGGCCGUUCCCCUCAAGCACAACUAUCAGCUCUGAGCUAUCGCUAUCAAAAUCGCAGUUAUCGAAACGCGGUACCAUCGGCAGCGGCAUGCUCUCCAAGUCUGAGCUCGCAGCACUCUCAAAUGCGAGCCUUCGACAGUCGGGCAGCCUCCACUCGCUCUACAUUGAGUCGAGCAUGGCCGCCGACUUGCUUUCCUCGGGCAGAAAGGGAGGGAAGCUUGGCUCACUCGGAAACCUCACCGGGCAUACGGCUCCAAGGGAACCCCUUGUCACAGGCAUGCUCAAACCGCGGUUUUCACUUAGAACGAGCGCCGAGAUCUUCAUCGCAAGAUUUUCCCCCGACGAAGGCUCUUUGGCAGUCGGAUACGGAGACGCCACGAUUUCUAUUAUAUUGACGAGCUCAGGCUCUGUCAUGCGAACACUGACUCCACCGGGCAACUAUCUCAAGGCACCGUGCACGACGCUCUACUUUCGGCCGACCAACCCCUCCUACAAGAACCAGAACAUUCUCGUGGCUGGGUAUUCGGAGGGAAAGAUCAUCUUCUGGCAUUACACGACCGGUCAGAUUGUCAAAGUCGUUGACACCGGCGACGACCAAGUCAACUGCAUCACAUACUCGCUGGACGGGGCGAGGUUUGCGAUGGGUGGCAGCGAGGGAACAGUGACUGUUUUCGAUGGAUUCACAUCCCAAAAGGCAAUGACUCUGACGCUUGGACAAGUCAAUGUGACUUCUGGCCACUCGAAUCGCAUAUUUUCAGUCCGAUUUCAUCCCAAAGAGCCCCACUCGAUAAUGAGCGCGGGGUGGGACAAUACUGUCCAGAUCUGGGAUACUCGAAUACAACGCUCCGUCCGCAGCAUAUAUGGUCCGCAUAUCUGUGCCGACUCGAUCGAUUUUGACGACUCGGGAGACCGGAUUCUCACGGGCUCGUACUCGAAGGAAAAUCCGAUCCAGAUAUGGUCAUGGAGUCAGGCACAGGUCACAGAUACAAUUCCGUGGUCAAUACUGGAACUCAGCGAGCGAAAGCCGUGUCUGCUCUACGCAGCUCAGUUCAGCCACAGCCCGGAAAGCUCGAUCCGCAACAGAUUCGUACUGGCUGCUGGAGGCGGCGGGGCAAACGAAAUGAGGAUUUACGAGACACAAUCGAAGAGGGCCGUGGCGAUGGUUCAGAACUUGACCAGUCCCGUCUUUACCGCCGCGUUCAGCCCAACCGACCAAAUGGUUGCUCUGGGCGGAGGCGCUAGCAAGACCAUUUACGUCUACGACAUGGAGUCACAGCUUCCAAAGGAAUUUCUAUAUUGAGUCUUGCUUGCGGACGGAGGUCGAUGAUGCUCUAUGGAGCCGCUCUGAUUUGGUCUUGGUCUGUUUGUUAUGCGUCGACGCUGGGUGUGGGCGGCCGCGGGAUGUCAUAUCACGACUCAUUCAACGCUGUAGUCUUUUUGAGCGCCAGUGAGAGCUGCAGCAAAGCUGUCGGAUGUCUCACAUCGAAUACACGGUUGUUUCGGA